GCCGUCUUUUGGCAAGUUUGCUGCUGUUGACUAAUGUGCCUCAACAAAGAUGAAAAAUAGGAGCAAAAUGCGGAUCUUCAUGUUUCUCAUAAUGGUGACUCUAAGCAUCAAUCAGGCUGCAGAAGCAGCUCGCUCAACCCAAAUGUAUUAUGCUAAAAUGACAAUAGACAAAAGUGCCCUGAAAUAUAUCACUGGAAAACUAAACUUUUCAGUGAGUGAUGACAAGCUGAACAUUGAGGAUGUUAAAAUUACAACAGAGUGCAGUACGCAGAAUGACACCUCCAACAAAUCGUGUAAGUGCAGAGAAGGCCACAGAUGGAGUGAUGAAGCUUGUCAGAAGGAGCACUGCUGCGGUCAGGAUGCUUGUGUCCUCCCGAUGAAAGCUUUUUACAGUGAAAUAAGAGGAUUUGACUCUCUGAAAAUAGAAGGCUUCAGUAUCGGAAGCAUUGUCACCAAUUUCGCAAUGAAGAUCGUCUCCGGAAAUGUUUCGCAACGUUUGUUUGAGCAAUCCAAAAUGCUGUCUAAGAAUCUGUCUGCUGAAAUGAUACUGGAGACAACAGGUGUCGUCAAUUUGAUAUUACCAAGUCAACCAGUAAAGUACAACACUACCACUAAAAUCCAGUGUACAACAUUGGAAGACCUGAAUGCUGAGCCAAACUGGAAUCUGAAAAGAGACGGUAAAGAGUUUCUUAUAACUAAUGGAAGAAUCUCAACGUUGACGAAAGAAGCAAAACACAGCUCCAUUGAAUUAAAAACAACAGAUGAACUCUGGGAAGGAGAGUACAUAUGUCUCUUUGAACAACAUAUAAACAAAACAAUAAUAAAAAACAAAGCCAGUGCGCCAUUGGAUGUCUGCCUCCUACCCAAGAUAGAAAUUUCUGCAGAGCCAAGAUUUCCUCGUUGCACAACUUCUGAGGACAUCUUUUAUGUCAAUGUGAAAUGUAAGAUAAAGAAAACCACUGAAAAUUACGCUGUGGAAUGGACUGAAGGUGUCUCUCCAAACGACCACACUGAUGAUGGACAAACACUGACUUAUCAAGCUCAGAAAGUAGUGAACUGUAAAGAAAACUCAAAUGGUUCGGGUUCUCCAGCAGUAUCAUGCACUAUGAAAAAUAUAUGUAAUCAAAGUCAAACUAGAGAUAUGAAGAUCGAAGUGAUUUAUGUGAACGAUCCGUUCUGUGCACCGGAAGGUGACUGGAGCCGGACCAAAGCCGAUUUCACAGCAGAACUAAAAUGCAGUGAAAAGGCUGGAAAAAGAAAGCGAAAAUGUUCAUUAAACAAUGGUGUUGCAACUUGGGAUGAGGAGGUUUCAGAAUGUAUUGAAGAGGACCUCAACAAUGUGCUGGAAAAAGCCAGAAUUAGUGACAUUGGACUUGGUGUAUUGAAAGAAAAUGCUGCAGAAGUACUUCAUGAGUUUGAGACUAUCACUACGACAUCAAAAUUACCUGGUUAUGCCAACUUGGAAGCAUCGGUGGAUGUAAUUUCUACCAUUGAAGAUAAGUUACAAGGGGAAAACCAGAUGAAUAGAACAUCAAUUGAAGAUUUUAUAAUCUCAUCCAGUCAUCUGCUGAAUAAGAGUCUUGAAAGCUCAUGGAAUGCAACUCCUCCUGAGAACAAGUCAUCAACAGUUGCUGAGACCUACAUGAUUGCUGUUGAGAAAUUCAUUAAGAGAUCAAACAUAACAAAUAUACCAAAGGAAAAUCUGAUAGUGGAUGUUUGUAACAAGAGUGCGGAAACCUGUUCAGUGUCUAGUUUCGAUGUCACGAUUUCUAUUUCAAAUGCUGGUGAAGUUAAAACAGCUACAUUUAGAAACUUGCAGAACUAUUUGCCCUAUAACAAAAACGAAUCGGAGCCUAACAGUAUUGUGGUUUCCGCAACUGCAGAAAACAAAAGUAUCGAUCAUAUUACCAUUGAAUUUAAACUGAUCAACCCAAGACCUCGCAACGUUGAGUUAAAGUGUGUGUUUUGGGACACUAAGCUUAAAGGGUGGUCAACGGAUGGAUGUGAAUGGCUGGGGCCAUUCAAGGAGAGCAGCUGCGUCUGUAAACAUCUUUCCUCAUUUUCCAUUCUAAUGUCCAAGAAGCCCCUGGACGUCCCUGGCUUAACCUAUGUAACCUAUGCAGCUUUGUCAGUGUCAGUGUUGUCCCUCAUCAUCAACCUCGCGAUAGAGUUCAUUGUCUGGAGCGACGUUGUCAAGACAAGCACUUCAUAUUUACGCCACACUGCCCAUGUGAACAUUUCUCUGUGUUUGCUCAUUGCUGACCUUUGCUUUUUGGCAUCUUCUCAGCCAAAGGGGAUUUCAGACCUCUGGUGUCGGACCUCCGUGGUCCUGAAGCAUUUUUGCUUUCUGGCCAUGUUCUUUUGGAUGUUUUGUCUGAGCGCCACACUCCUUCAUCGAGCAGUCUUUUUGUUCCACAAGGUGAGCAAGAAAAAUUACCUCAGGUUCUCGUUACUGAUUGGCUAUGUUUGCCCCUUGCUUAUUGUCUUUAUCACGUUUCUCACCAACAAUGGUGGAGCGGAGGGCAUGUACUACUCAAAAGACUCCUGCUGGCUGGUUUAUGCCGGACUUUUUAAGGGAAGCAUUUUCACAUUCAUCAUUCCAGUCGGAGUGAUUGUUUUCAUCAACAUUUUCUCGAUGCUUGUGGUUAUCAUGAAGCUCAUAAGUCAUCACGCAGAAAUCAGCAAAAAAACUGAUAUUUCGGCAGAGGAGGAGAAAGCGGCUGCCAAAACGGUGCUUAGAACCGUUGUCCUCCUGACCCCGAUCUUUGGCGUGACGUGGAUCUUUGGAUUUGCCAUGCUGGCUCUUGAUCUCACAAGCGGAGACAUAGCUUACGCAGUCAACUACAUCUUUAACCUGCUAAAUGGCUUCCAGGGUUUUUUCAUUUUGUUGACCACCUGCUUGGGAGACAAGAUGACCCGUGAAGCUCUACAGAGGUACCUAAAGAAACCCCAGUCUCCAGAAUCCAGUGUCAGUGAGAGCUCCACUAAGCUGGAAUCAACUGUGAAGAAAUAAAACAAGCCCAUCAUGUACCUUUACUCUUCUCUGUGAUUGAUCAUUAUUAUUUGUACAUAAGUAUUUAUACAUGUAUUCUGUAAUAUUAUUCUUUAUUGGUUAGCUUUGAUUAGACAAAUGUCAAGCCUGCUCAAAGUAACAUUGCAACACUAUCAUAUAAGAAGUGAAAAAUCACUGCACAUUGCACCUUGCAGAAAUUAUGUUAAAAACUGUUUUUGUUAAAGCAUACUGCAAACUAAGUCUGCUGGAUGGUUUGAGAAACAAACAUUUCUUUUCCAUGUUCUUUGCUUUGCUGCACCCACUCCUCAUCUGUAUCAUCUAAUGAAAUGCCAUCCAGAGCUGCUUUCUUGCGGUAGGCCUGGUACUCAGACUCUGCUCUGCAACAUAUAUAAAAAAAAAAACAUGAAACAUUUACAUUUAAACAUGUAUAAUCAUUAAUAAUAAAGAAU